AUGACGGUGGACACCUGCCGCCCCAGGCUGGAGUCCACAGUGGAGCAGCCUGCUCUGGGGCCAAGCAUCAUGUUCCUGCAGACGUAGAAGACGGCCAGCACGGUGCUCGACGUCCUCUGCCGCUUUGCAGAGACGCACAACCUGUCGGUGGCGCUGCCCGCAGGCUCGGGCUUCCACCUGGGCUACCCCUGGCUCUUCCUGGCACGCUACGUGGAGGGUGCAGAGCGCGACGGCUCACGGCGCCGCUUCAAUGUUAUGUGCAGCCACCUGAGGUUCAACCUGCCGGAGGUGCGGAAAGUCAUGCCGCAGGACACUUUCUACUUCUCCGUCCUCAGAAACCCCAUUUCCCAGCUGGAGUCCCCCUUCGUCUACUACCGCGGCUUCGUGCCCGCCUUCAGGGAGCAGGACGCAGGUCGCAGACCGCCGGGCGACGCCGACAUCCUGGGCUACAACCUUCGGGCAGGACUUGACGACCAGACUCUGCGGAUGUGUCAGAGGAUGGUCAUGCCAGAGCUGCAGUACGCGGCGCGCUUGUGCACCCUGCAGUUCCCCGAAGAGCCCCCCAAGGCCAUCCCCUUCCUGCAGGCAUAG